CCUUGGGCUUCAUCAACCUUCACGAAAACAACGAAGCACCGGUUUUUCAGCUCCCAAAAUUUUCGUGACCUCAGUCAUUUUUAGGUUUUCUGUGCGGUAUAAUUAGGGUUUGCAUUUCGCCGAUUCCUUAAGAUCUUCGCCUCCUUCGUCCCGGUUUUCAAAUCUUCAGGUGUUGAUAUUGAGAUUUAAGAAGGGGAAUUUUCGAAGGAGAUUGUAGAUUUGGUUUAGAUUAUUUGAAAAAAAAAAUUAAUUGAAAAUAACUGAAUGAGCUAAUGGAGUCAAAAAGGUGGCAAAAAGGAUUCUAGUAGUAGUAAAUCAUCAUUCUACGAAGCUCCCCUCGGUUACAGCAUUGAAGACGUCAGGCCUCACGGUGGAAUCAAGAAAUUCAGAUCAGCUGCUUACUCUAACUGCGUUCGAAAGCCAUCCUGACUUGUGUUAAGUCCCAACAUAACCCCGUGCGAUCAUUAAUACAGCAAUCUUACUCUAGUUAUUCUAGUCUAUUUAUUUUCCCUACUUCUCUCGCUCUCUCGUUCCCUCGCUUGUCAUUUCAUCUGCUGCUGCACCUCAUUUUCUUACUUAAAUCGAGAUGGCUGUACCGGUCUCUGCAAUUGGAUUCGAAGGGUAUGAAAAGAGGCUCGAGGUCUCUUUCUUCGAGCCUGGACUGUUCGCUGACCCUAAAGGCAUGGGUCUUCGUUCUCUAUCGAAAGCUCAAAUAGAUGAGAUUCUGACACCAGCUGAGUGCACCAUUGUUUCUUCACUGUCAAAUGAUGAUCUCGACUCUUACGUCCUAUCCGAGUCAAGCCUGUUUGUGUACCCUUACAAAGUGAUCAUCAAAACCUGUGGCACAACGAAAUUGCUUCGAUCAAUCCCUGCCAUCCUCAAGUUGGCUGAUACCCUCUCUCUAGCUGUAAAAUCUGUGAGGUACUCUCGUGGGAGCUUUAUCUUUCCUGGUGCUCAGCCCUCUCCUCAUCGUAGCUUUUCCGAGGAAGUAGCUGUACUUGACGGCCAUUUUAGCAAGCUUGGUUUGGCAAGCAAGGCAUAUGUUAUGGGAAGCCCUGACAAAACUCAGAAAUGGCAUAUUUACUCUGCAUCGGCGGAGCUGGCAAGCUUAUUGUGGGGUUCACGCCAAACAGGCCCGACCUACACACUGGAGAUGUGCAUGACCGGUCUAGACAGGAAGAGGGCUUCUGUGUUUUACAAAUCCGAUGCAAGUUCAGCUGCUGGUAUGACCGAAGAAUCUGGCAUCAGGAAGGUCCUCCCACAAUCUGAUAUAUGCGACUUUGAGUUCGAACCUUGCGGUUACUCCAUGAACUCAAUUGAAGGGAAUGCAGUUUCUACGAUCCACGUGACACCAGAAGACGGUUUCAGCUACGCUAGCUUUGAAACAGUGGGAUAUAAUUUCAAUGAUGUGAACUUGACCCUGCUGCUUUACAGGGUUCUGGAUUGCUUCAAACCAGCUGAGUUCUCUGUAGCCUUGCACACCACCAGCACCGCAGGCGAAGAUCUUGAUGCUAAGUGCCCUCUGGACUUAAGGGGAUACUGCUGCGGAGGAAGCAGCUAUGAGGGUCUAGGCCUGGGUGGUGCAAUCAUCUACCACAGCUUUGUCAAGGAUGAUUCUGGUUCGCAGUCUCCAAGGUCGAUUCUGAAGUGCUGCUGGAGCGAGGACGAGAAGGACGAGGAAGUUGAAGAGAUAGAUCUGGCCGAGAUCUAGCGUUCUAUUGUUCGUGUUUUUAGUAGUAAUAAAUAAAAGAAAAAACAAAUGUGACUAGGGGGUUAUGUUGCAAUUAUAGUAGGGUAUUAGUAUUAUGAUAUGCAGCUUGCUGUGUCGCUGCUGUUUUAGUUUUUGAUAUUGUCAAUAAACCGGAUCUCGGGUGGCAGCCGAGAUCCGUCGUCGUUCUCAGACUUCCUGGAUGCAGGAGUCUUUGGUGAUCUACCUUUUUUUCUCUCUAUAAGAUGAAUGUUAUUGUUAUCUACAUAA